AUGUCAGAAAAUGUUCGUCGCAAGGGCAGCAUCGGCAUCCUAAAUGACGAGAUUAAAGACGAAGCGCUGGGCAGCCACUCGGCCAGCAGACACGAGAGUUUGGAGGCCACGUCAGUCAACACAUAUGAUGGACAGUUGCAAUGGCAUGAUCUGAGUUUACCGAGCUUAGUAGGCGACCUUAAUGGCGCUGGGCAUGACGAGAGACCGACCGAAUUUCUCGAACCACAAGAAGAUUGGGAUCUUUCAACUACUGCAUUCGAUACGCUCGAACCUGCGUUGCUGUUUGCCGAUGCUCUGCCUGGGCAGGAUGAUGGAUCUAGUGUAACGCAAACGUAUGCUGGCGGCGCCUUUCCUCAGCAUGCCGCCAUCCCCCACUGGCCCUCUGAGAACCAUGAUAACAUGACAGCAAACAUACCAAGUUUCAAGGUGCCCGGUGUAACUCCAGAGACGUGCGUUAGCAGCAUAGAAACAUCGCCUGCCGCCAUCAGUGUUAGUGCUGAACAAGGAUCUAAAAGAAGAGUUGACAGAACGAGGCAGGUAGAGGCAGACGAUGCGGCAACGUUAGACAACGUUACUCGACAGCUCACCAGUCGGUUGGGACGACUACAAAUCACAGGAGGUGGUCAGGCUCGCUAUUAUGGCGCCAUGUCAAACUUACACUUGCUAAACACGGGCCCGACAUCUCUCGUUCAACCCAAUAUCCGCAACGUCGUCAGCCACGGAGAUGCAGCCAUCAAACAGGCAGGUCUGCAGUGGACAAGUGACCCAACCUACGAAAACCACCUGAUCAACCUUGUAUUUUCCUGGCACAACGCGUUGAUGUACGUGUUGGAUAGGGACAUUUUUUUCAAAGAGAGGGGAAAAUUUCUAGCAGGGGAGAGUACUGAUCUGUACUCUCCAGCUCUCGAGAAUGCUGUGUUUGCCGUGGGCGCUGCGUAUACCGAUCGUAUGCACCCUGCUGUCAAUGAAGCAACCGAUGAGUUCUUUGCCUUCCGAAGCAAGACAUAUCUCGAAAUUGAGGUAGACAGUCCUACAAUCGCCACUGCGCAAGCCCUGCUCAUUCUAUCUUCUCACGAGGCUGCGCAUGCACGAGAGUCUAGAGGCUGGAUCUAUUCUGGUAUGGCGGUGCAAAUUAUGACCGAUCUCGGGCUUCAUCUAGAUCUGGGGGAGGAAUACGCCCGCUUAGAACCUAGGGCGAACGUCGAUUCUGAAGAUAUGUUGAUCCUGCGUCGGAAUCUGUUUUGGUCCAUCAACACAAUCGACACUCUUUGGAGCACACACUGUGGGCGGCCGUCAUUGAUGAAGAGCCUACGCCACAACGUCCAGGAUCCGCUUCCUUCCAGAACCUACCAAUGGGAGUACUAUGUCGAUCCUUAUAUCAGUAUGAGAUUUCCUUCGAACUUCGACUUCGCCGCUGCGGCGCAUGUUCAUGUCUACCUUGCUUCUCUGAUGAAGAUCCUUGCUCAGGUAUCCGAUGUUCUAUACUCGGGUGUGCCAGACGUAUCUGACGAUAUACGAUCAUUUGUCGCCCAGACUGAUAGGGAUUUCCGAGAUUGGUUCUCUUCUCUGCCCGCCAAUUUACAUCUGGAUGGGACAGGCUCGUCGCCUUUCCAGAUUCCAGCUAUACUUGAGCUUCACCUGAGCUACUACGAGUGCAUCAUACUGCUACACAGGCCGUUCAUUGUUUCCGAUGACCCUCUUUCGUCUUCAGGGGACUCACCACUCAGCAAAUGCGUUCAGAGUGCGGAGGAGAUAUGUAACAUUCUUGUCCUUUUUCGCACUAUGUAUGGCUUGAAGCGACCUCAUCAUCACAUGUGUCACAUAACAAUGACUGCUGCUCUGAUACAUAUCUUCCGCCUAUGUGUGGCAGUUGAGGAGCAGCCGGAGAGAGACCACGCACAACGACACUUCUUGACCUGUGUCCAGGCGUUGGCAGAGAUGUCCCAAACAUACAAAAGCGCUUCGCGUGGUCUGGAUGUGGUCACCUCUCUUCGCCAGAGUUGGCAGAAUGAUCCUUUUGCAGGAGACCGUUUCAAAAGAGCAAGGCUUAGGUGA